AUGGCGGCAGCAACCAAAACAGCCGAGAAGGAGGCAACCAGAUCCGACCUUGCCAUGAUUGACAUUCAGGGUCAACUUCAUGAUUUGAGGCUCGAUAUGCGGCGAUUGCAAGUCAAUGGACUGGCUGGAAAUCUGUUCUUUUGGUGGGUCCACCCCGUCAAGUUUCUCGCCGAUCCGGUCUUUGAAGUGGCCGAACUCAUCGUCCCCGCGGUCAGCUCCAAAGUUCCCUUUGCUGAUGUCCUUGUCGAUGUCACUCUGGGCGUCACCGAAGCGGUCGCUCAUGCUGUCUUUGGUGUCACGGCAUCCACUGGAUUGAUUUCCUCCAACAAAGAGUUGGAGGACGUUCGUACUCUCUCUCAGUUGCAGGCACUCAAAGAUCAAUCCGAUGUCAUGAAGGAAAAGUUCCUGAACGCGCUGUACGAGGAAGCGGGAAAGAAACAGUUCCUCCUGGGUGUCCAUGAAUCGGCCUUUCAGUCCACUUCUACGCACAGAGACGAACUCUUGGAGCUCAUGUAUCAAGGAUACUCCGCCCUCUACAAUUUCGCCAAUGAUGCUGGCAUCUUUGAAGAAGCACAGGAGAUGGGUCACCGUUUCAUUGAAAACAAAGCCCUGUUGGGAGUCAUUCAGCAGGCCGACUUGAACAAAAUGAAAAAGGAGCGUUUCGAGGAAAUGUUGAUGGAUAAUCAGACAGUGGCAAAGCGCCAAAUUCUAGACAAGUUCCCACUGCAAGAGGCAGCGUACUUUAUGAAGUUUGCAACCGCUGCGUAUGGCGAUAACGGCAUCAAGUCAUCCAAAAUCGACAAUGAACACGAGUUUGAUUGGAGGAAGGGGGACAUGACAGCCACCCGAGUCAGUGAGCACACGGGUAUUCCAACAAAUGAUUUGGUCAGCUUUGAUGUCAAGUAUGACGGUGACAUCCAGCAGCUCCGACACUUUGUGGCUCUAGACCACAAACGAAAGAAAGUCGUCUUGGCCAUUCGUGGCACCUACACGCACAGAGAAGCCAUGAUCGACUUUAAUGGUUACUCUCGUGACUUUAUGGGUGGAGAAUCGCAUGCCGCCAUUUCCAUCAUGGCGGAGCGUUUGUGGGACGCGGUAGGAGACAAUGUCAUUGGCUGGAUGGACAAAUAUCAAGACUACGAACUGAUUGUUUGUGGGCACAGUCUUGGAGGUGGAAGUACAUGUGUUGUCAACUUGCUGCUGCAUGCUGACGAGAGAAUGCAAGGACGAAAGUGGCGUGCCUUUGCCUACGCGAGUCCACCCGUCUGUGUUCCACUUGCCAAUGUUGCUAAAGAAGCUCAAACUUGCGUCAACUACAUCAACCAGUACGACGGUGUACCCUUCCUUUCGGGAGAUUCGGUUCGUCAUCAACUGGCAAUGAUUGCUGCCGUGAACCAAGCCGACCUGAGCCUGAUUCAGCGUGGUAGGAUUCUCCUAGGAUUGGACUCUGUUGAUGAUUCGCUCAUUGCUAAGAUCCAUGAUAUCCAACGAAAGCCACAUCCCGUAGCCAAGCCCGGAUUUCCAAGUCACAUGGCGGUACCAGCCAUGGGAAACGUGUGGAUGGUACCGGACAAAGCAAUCGGCAACCAUCAGUACAAGGCGGUCAUUGCGGAUUCUGUAAAGAUGAGUGAGACUGGCAUUUUCAUUCACAAGGACGACCUUGCUGAUCAUUUACCAGCCCGAUACGAAUAUGUCUUCAAGCGGGUGCGCUGA